GGAUGUUUGGUGUUGAAAGUGCGCGGUUUGACAUGCAAACGCUACGUUAAGUUUUUGGGUUACUGUUCUUUUAUUAAGGUUUUAACUAUCUAACGAUUUUCAAGCUUGAUGCAUCAAAUUACUGUAAUGCCCAUAUGUGGUCCAAGCUCAACUUCUUCUUCUUCGCUUCCUACUACACUUAUCACACAGACUUCUGGUUCAUGUCCUACACCAAGUCAAGAAAAUAUUAGUACCACAUCGGAUGACGAUGAUGGCGGCGGUGGUGUCGGUGGGGGUGGGGGUGGUUCGUCAGAUGGUGAAUUAUGGGCGCCACUGGCUGUCCGUGGUUAUCUUAGCAAGUGGACAAAUUUGUUACACGGUUGGCAAGAGCGCUAUUUUAUCUUGUCUGAUGGGUUUUUAACGUAUUAUCGCAAUGCCGAAGACCUGGAUUUGGGCUCUAGGGGCUCUGUUCGUAUCAAAAAUGCAUAUGUAAAGACUCAUGAGUAUGAUGAAUGUCGUUUUGAGGUACGUGUUGGUGAUGUUAUCUGGUAUCUACGUGGAUUAAGUCAAGAAGAACGUUACAACUGGAUAUCAGCUAUUGAACGGCAUCGUAUCGCUGAAUCAGGCUAUGGAUCAGAAAAAACACUUCAUCGGCACAGCUCAUUAUUAUCGCUUAAUUCAACACACAGUCCUAGUAUACAUUCAACGUCUAGCUUUAAACGAAAUCAUGGAUUAAAAGAGAAACUAGCUGAAAUGGAAACUUUCAAAGAGAUUCUAUGCAAACAAGUGGAUUCAUUACAAGCCUAUUUUGAUGCUUGCAGUUCUAUUGUCCAACAUCAUGGUCAUGAGAAUAUAGAAAAAUGGUUUAUUGGUGAAAAUCAUUUGACCACGAGUUCAUCCCCAUCAUCUUUAUGUUCAUCAUCAUCUACAUCGAAUUCAAAAGAGGCAAUCGAUGAUUAUGACGAUGACGUGAAGUUGAACGAAAAGAAACAAUUUAGAAAUAAGCACAGCAAAGCUGAAAAGAACCGAAAUAAGGAAGGCAUAGCUACUACUACUACUACUAGUGAUGAAGGUGGUCAAUGCUUAGUAGAGUGUCCAUCAAAUGUGACACUGACUUCAUCUUCUGGUGAUAACUGUUUGACAGACAAAUCUGCUUUCCAUUCGGAUUCAAAACAUGCACCUGAUCUUGACUGCCGUGUUCUCCCUGACAAGGAUUCAAUCAUCACUACUACUACUAACAGUAGUGUGGCAAAAUCUGGUGGAUUCUUUUCACGAUUUUUACCUUUUCGUAAUUUUGGAAAUACGUCUACUGCGGGUGAAUCAGAAACUACGAAUAAUAAAGUUGAAUCGGUAGUCGCUUCUGAAGACAAUAAUGAUAAUAACAAUAGCAAAGAAGCAUCUCAGUAUCAACCAUCUUCACGUUUCAAUGACUUACGUUGUAUACUGGAACAACAUGGUGGCUAUGCUUUAGAUUUUAAAGGUGAAGCACAUAUGUUCAAAGCGAUUACAGCUGGCAUACUUACAAAUUUAUCAAAUUCAGUUGAAAUGAUGCAGCAACACGAAGAGCAUUGGCGUAAACGAUUAGAACGUGAAAUUGAAAAACGACGUCGAUCAGAAGAGACACAAAAAGCUAUGGGACAAGAAUUGUUACAUUUACGCAGUUUGAUUGGUUUAAACACUAAUCAUCAAUUUCAGUGUCAAAAUCAACAGCAUCCGCCUCAUCAUCAUCAGCUCUACCAGCAUAAUUGCCAUCUUACAAAUAACGCAUCACAUUCAAGAUUUUCCAGUUAUGGUAGUAUAGAUUUCCAGCAUUCUUCACCAGAUGUUAUUCUUAGGGAAAAUGGUGUUGUUAAGUCAACCACAACAACCAUUGUGAAUAGUACGUCUGUGACUCCCACUGUUAAUACAACUAUUUCAUCAUCAUCAUCAUCAGUUGUCGCUGGUGAAAAUGUCCUGAGACUAGUUGGUCCAGAUUAUGAAGAGGGUAUUAAUUCUCCGAUACGUGAAGAGGAAUUCUUCGAUGCUAUUGAUGCAGAAUCGGAUAAAAUAGAAGAGAAUGCAGUACGUUUAGCUGCACUGAAAUCAGCCAGUGAAGCAAUUCGUUGGGCCAGGGCUAUGCCAUCAAAUCAUCCAUUAUAUAAUGAAUUGGAUAAAAUUGUUAAAAUGCAUGUGAAAAAUUUUGCUACUACACAAAUAUUUGAUUAUACACUGAAUUUAUCCUCCUCGUCAUCGUCUUCUAUACACUACAACGGUAACGGUAUGCCAUCGAAUAUUGCUGAUUCUCAAAAUACUAACAAUCUGUCUGUUAGUGAACAAAAUGUCAAUGAAGCACCUGAAAACUGGAGACUUGUUGUUCAAGAUGGUGAUAUGAUUAUUUUCAGACGAGAGCUUGAAACAGAUGACGGUGUUGUACUGGAUCCUUUACAGGCUAUCGAUGUUGUUCAUGGUGUUACUGCCAAAGAGAUUUGUACAUACUUUUGGGAUGUACGCUAUCGUAUGGAUUGGGAGUUUACAGUGGAUCAAGCACCGACAGUCCUUGAAGUCUGUGGAGAUGAUACUGUAGUCAUACAUCAGGUGUAUAAACGUGUAUGGCCUACAACACAACGUGAUGCAUUAUUUUGGUCGCAUAUAUGCCCUGUAAAUCCUAUGCAUCAAAAAUCUUAUCAUCGAAAGUUGAAUCAUAGCUCUAGUAUGUCAAUGCAGCAUCAUUCAUCCUCAAAGAAUUAUACUGAUGAUAGUGAUAUUAGUCAUAGUAAAGUUCAUCAACGUUCAGCAUCUAUGGAUGGCGGUGUUGGCGGUGGCGGCGUCGGUGGUCGUUGUACAUCAUGGAUUGAUUCGUCAUCUACAAAGUCACCGAAUACACGAUUACAUAAUUUGUCUAAAGAAUCCAGUAUACCAGAGAAUUCAAUACCAAAUAAUAAAAUCAAUGAUGACAAAGUUUUAGACGGUUGGAUGGUGAUCAAUAUGUCAACGGAUUAUUUAUCCGAUAAAAUACAACCAUCACCAUCACCUACUGUUCGAUUAGGUCUUGAAGUUGUCCUAUUCUGUCGAACUGAAUUAAUAACCACCAACAACAACAAUGGAUCAAUGAUGUCAAAUAAUGGUGAUAAUGAUGAUUUAUCAAAGUUAACCCGUGAUCAAAUUCAAACUAGACUUGUGUAUAUGGCAAAUAUUAAUCCAGGUGGUUGGGUUCCAGCCGCUGGGCUACGUUCACUUGCUCGACGUGAAUAUCCACGUUUCUUAAAACGUUUCAGUGCUUAUGUUAAAGAUCAAACUAAGCAUAAAACUCCAUUAUUUUAAAUAUUUGAUUCAUUCAAUGGGAUGUGUUGUUUUUUCUUAGACCUUAUUUUAAUUAAACAGAACUUCUACUUAGUUACUAGUAGUUGUAGUUAGUAGUAGUUUUUUGAGGGGGAGGAGAGGGUUGCCGGGAUGGUUGAUGUGAACGUGUUAUUCGUUUGUUGUCGACUGGUGUCUCACCUUCACUUGUCGACUAACUACUUACUACCUUAUCUACUCACUCAGGUGAUACUGUAGGCUUUUAUUGAUUUGUUUUUUAUUUGUUUGCUUCAUUAUUUUUUUUUCUUUUUAAAUCUUACUGUAAUUUGCAUUGGAUUUCAUUUUCCUGUCAAGGUGGUGGUGGUUUUGCUAAGGGUUGUGUUAUUAUUAUUAUUUUACUUUAUGACACUUGUAUCAUUUGUGCUGCAGAAUUUCUAUUCGUCAAUUCAACAUCUGUGAUAUACAUGUAUGCAUGUAUGUAUGUAUAAAAACAUCUACAUAUCUGUUUUUUUUGUGUGUGAUGAAUAUGCGCACAUUUCACAACAUGAUGAUGUGAUACUGUGGGGUACUCCCUGUCUUUCUCCUGUUUGUGUACCUCUACUGUCUAUUAUCUCUUAUGGUGACAUCAAUACUAGGCAAAGAAGUGUGCAUAUCUCCUCGGUGUGAGAUGAUGAACUAUUCACAAGUGGGAUAUCAAUACCAUACUCUAAAAAAAAAUGUGAUCAACUUCAACCUCGAAUUCUAUCCUUUCUUUUCUAAUUUAUAACAAAAGUUUUUAUUUCUUCUCUGAAGAUGUAUUUCAUUAUUUUGCAUUGUAAUAUAUACCGUAUAUUCAUCUCUGAGACCGUCUUGUCGAUAAAUGUGUUUGUCUCCUUCUAAACUUAUGUUUAUUUUCUAUAAGAAUGGCGGUAUUUUGAAAUAUUUCAGGGAAUAUAAACAUUGAAGGUGUUGUUUCUUCUCUGUUUGGUUUCUUUCUCACCUUUCUAUGUCUCUUUGUGCGUGCGUGUGUGUGUGUGGUGGGUGUGCUAUACACUUAAUGAUACCCGAAACUGUGCUAAUUUACAUCGUAUUAAUGAUUUUUUCAAUAUUUUUUUCUACUUGUAGCACCUUUCGGUUUCAUCUUGUGUGUGUGUGUGGGUGGGUGGGUGGGGUGGAUGAAUAGAUUUCACUUGCUUGCUUCUGCUUUUCUAUCGAUUUCCAUAUUGUUUAGUGAUAUAAUGUGUCUUUUUUUCAUAGGUGUUUUUGUCAUGACGAAAUCAGCACUGAAAUAUGUGAGAAAUUCUACACUGUGCUGAAGAUGGUCAUGCAGUCUGAAGUUGUUGUUUUUUCUUUGUUUUCUGUGCUCAAUUUCACCGACAAUCAAUAGAUGAUUUCCAUCAUCAUCAUCAUCAGACCUUCUUCAAUAUUGACUCAUUUUGUAUUUGGAAAAAUUCAAUGCUUAUUUUUAACUGAACAGUAGAGAGAAUAAUGUCAACAGCCCUGUCUCUCCCUUCGUCUCUGAGCGAUCCUCCUGCCCUACAAAUCAUCCAAUCAACCUUAUUGCCAUAAAGAGUUACAAUCUAUACUCGCGCACUAUUUCAAACAACUUUCUGCCUACAAGUGAGAACUUUUUUGAAGGUGGUGAUCAAUGGAAAACAUCGUCGAGUAGCAUUGAAGCAUAAUUCGAGUGCAACAGAUAUGAUGUAUUAUCGAUUAUUCUAUUCUAUUUGAAGAUGCUACACAAGGCUUAAUUACCUUGAAAUGAAACGCACGAGAAAUGCUUUCUUAUGUCAAACACAUUU